GCACCGAAAAUAAGGAACACACGCAGAACAAGGAUGAGGGCCUUUGUACUGUUGAGCUGUUGUUUGGCUCUGACUUCCGCUCGGCCGGAAGCAGGAUACUCAUAUAACCGUCCGUCGACAGGCGGAGGCUCUCACGGAGGCGGUGGCGGCGGCGGCGGCGGCGGUGGUGGCUACUCGUCCGGUGGCCACGGAGGCGGUGGCGGCGGCGGUGGUGGCGGCCACGGUGGAGCAUCGUUCAGCUCCGGUGGCGGCAGUGGAUUCUCGUCCUUCGGCGGCAGCGGAUUCGGAGGUUCAUCCUCGUUCAGCUCCGGCGGUUCUAGCAGCUUCGGAGGCGGCGGCGGCGGCGGCUUCGGAGGUGGUGUCAGCAGCUUCGGAGGCGGCGGCGGCGGCGGCUUCGGAGGAGGCGGUGUGAGUAGCUUCGGAGGCGGCGGCGGCGGCUUCUCCGGUGGAUCGCAACAGGCCAUCAUCCAGAAGCACAUCUACGUGCACGUUCCGCCACCAGAGCCAGAGGAGGUCCGCGUCCAGCGACCACUGCAGCUAGCCCCGGCCCAGAAGCACUACAAGAUCAUCUUCAUCAAGGCCCCAUCGGCUCCGGCCUACCAGGCACCACAGAUCCCACUGCAGCCCCAGAACGAAGAGAAGACCCUGGUCUACGUGUUGGUUAAGAAGCCCGACGAUCAGCAGGACAUCAUCAUCCCAACGCCAGCCCCAACUCAGCCCAGCAAACCGGAAGUCUACUUCAUCAAGUACAAGACCCAGAAGGAAGGCGGCCAAGGAGGAUACUCCGGAAAUGUUGGCGCCAGCUUCGGUUCCGACAUCAGUGGCUCUGUUGGUGGUCAUGAUGGUGGCGCUGGACACGGAGAUGACAUCAGCGGAGGACACGGAGGCACGGCCCCGGCUGCCCAGUACGGACCACCCGGCAAGUCCGGCCCAUACUAAUCGAACGGAACAUUCUGACCAUUGAACGGAUUCCGGACCACGUAGCUAGUCGAAAACAAAACAAAUCAAACGCA